AUGUCUCUGCUUACCGGCUGGAUAGACGAUGCCAGGCGGGUGUAUACCGCCUACGGAGCAGACCUCAUCCGAACGGGAUGUUUUCUUCUUCGCACCACACCUUCAGUGGCGUACAGGGCCGCUGUCUUGUUUCAGCGCUUCCAGGCGGUCGCCGAGGGGGUUCGGCGUAAGCGCGGAGACUACCAAGAGGAACACGGUUUUACAGACGGGGGCAGAAGUAACGACCAGGCGUCUGGUACACGAAAAGCGUCCUACACGGUGCCAGUACACGUUGGGACAGAACGCCCUUCUGGGGUUCUUGCGUUAGGGGAUCCGUAUGCUCCGUUAGAUUACUGUUUAUUCAAGCUGCGCGAGCACGACGAUAUCACGUAUCUGACCGCGGCGUGUGUUCUCAUUGCGGCAAAGAUGGAGGAUCACUCCAUGCGCAUUCGUCUCAUUGUGGGCGUGUUCAUGCGCCUAAACCAGCGCCGUCGGGGUGAGCCGGUCAUUGAGCAACUUCAGCCUCCACCAGAGCGGUACGAUGAUUUUAAGCUAUGUAUGCUGGAGGCUGAGGAGGUUGUUUUGCAGGCGCUUGGAUUUCAGACCUUUGUGGAGUGUCCUUUCAAGUAUGCCAUUCUUUUCCUUGGCAUGAUUGUUGAAGACGACAACGUGGGAGUUGCCACAGAUGCUGGUUCAACGACGAGUCAUCCUUUUUACUUCAAUGGAUCCUUUUCCAACGCGGCCGUGAAACGGUGGCUUGCAGACGCCGUGUGUUGGCUGAAUGAUAUACCUCGUUGCGUAGACUUAUACGCGGAGGAAGCCCACGUGCUCGCGGUGUGUUCCUCUUUUCCACGCGGCCUUCGAAUGUCACUGGGCUCCCGGAGAAUUGGCCCCUGGCUUUUGGCGUGGAGCGGGCAAAGUUAA